AUAAAUAAAAAAGUAAGGUCGGCCACCGGAAACAAAAAUAUCUCAUCUUCACGGCCACCAGCCCCAAAGUUCUGGAGAGAGAAAGAAGAGAGAGAAGGAGCAGAAAAAAAAAGCAGAGCCUUUUCACGAGCUCCCUCACCGCCUCUGCAACCACAAAAAAAAUAAAAUAAAACCCUAGAAAUCCAAAUCUGCUGAACACCUCUCUCUCUCUUUCUCUCUGUGUGAGGUGGGUGAAGUCUUCACGGGCUCGGCCACAUCUUCGGUCCCUAUCUCCACCCAAUCGCAACCAAUCGACUGGUCCCCGUUCCGCCACGUCGCGUAACUUCCUGCUUCGAUCUGGUUUACGGUUUGUAUAAUAUGAGCAGGGCCUCGUCGGAGUAGGGUUCGGGAGAGUGCGGGUUUGUCGGAGAUGGAUCGGUCGGCGAUCACGGUGGGGCCGGCGAUGGACGUGCCGAUCAUGCACGACAGUGAUCGGUACGAGCUCGUGCGGGACAUCGGGUCGGGGAAUUUUGGAGUGGCCAGGCUGAUGAGGGAUAAGCAGACUGGUGAGCUAGUUGCGGUAAAGUAUAUCGAAAGAGGUGAGAAGAUAGAUGAAAAUGUACAAAGGGAAAUCAUUAACCACAGAUCACUGAGGCAUCCCAACAUCGUCAGAUUCAAAGAGGUUAUAUUGACACCAACCCACCUUGCUAUUGUGAUGGAAUAUGCCUCUGGAGGAGAGCUCUUUGAGCGGAUAUGCAAUGCCGGCCGGUUCAGUGAGGAUGAGGCACGUUUCUUCUUCCAACAACUUGUAUCAGGAGUCAGCUACUGUCAUGCGAUGCAAGUAUGCCACCGUGACUUGAAAUUGGAGAACACACUGUUAGAUGGAAGCCCAGCUCCUCGUUUGAAGAUUUGUGACUUUGGGUACUCCAAGUCCUCAGUGCUGCAUUCACAACCAAAAUCGACUGUUGGAACCCCUGCAUACAUUGCUCCUGAAGUCUUACUUAAGAAAGAAUAUGACGGGAAGAUUGCAGAUGUAUGGUCUUGUGGGGUAACCUUAUAUGUAAUGCUGGUGGGUGCUUACCCAUUUGAGGACCCUGAGGAACCUAAGAACUUCCACAAGACAAUACAGAGAAUUUUGAAAGUCCAGUAUUCUAUUCCAGAUUAUGUUCAUAUAUCUCCUGAGUGCCGUCAUCUGAUCUCAAGGAUUUUUGUAGCUGAUCCUGCAACGAGGAUAACGAUUGCUGAGAUCAGGAACCAUGAGUGGUUUCUAAAGAACCUCCCAGCAGAUCUCAUGGAUGAAACUAAGAUGGACAAUCAAUAUGAAGAACCUGAGCAGCCGAUGCAGUCAAUCGAUGAAAUUAUGCGGAUAAUAGGGGAAGCUAUGAUACCUGCAGCUGGAACCCAGUCUCUGAACCAAUAUCUGACAGGCAGCCUGGACAUUGAUGACGAAAUGGAGGAGGAUCUGGAGACGGAUCCCGACCUCGAUAUUGAUAGCAGUGGAGAAAUAGUGUAUGCAAUGUGAGGAUGAAAGCGUGGCUGUUGGGGGAAGUGAAGAAGAAGACCAACAUCUUCACAGAAAGUCAGAGACUUCACUUCUGGGUCUGGGGUAAUUGUGUGUGAAUUGGAGGACAAAAAAGGGAGGGCAUAUGUAUGAUUCCAAAAUCUCUCUUUAUCUGGGUCAGUCAGAACUCCAACGUUGCCCACGAAUGCUUCUUGUCUUAGUGAUGUGGUGUUUUUGUUUUUGUUGUUAGUUGUUACCAUUCCUAAGUGGCAGGUGUACUCUUAUGUAUGUACAAUUUGCAUUAUAGUACUGUAACAGUGUACCUAAUAUUCCUCUCCA